AACUUCAUCGAAAGCCAUGCUGCUUAUUCUUUAGUUUCUUAUUUGCUGCAAGUCAAAGACAGACACAACGGCAAUUUGCUGCUAGACGCAGAGGGACACGUCAUCCACAUCGACUACGGCUUCCUGCUUUCGAAUUCUCCGGGAAAUAUAAACUUCGAAACCGCGCCCUUCAAGCUGACUCAAGAGUUUUUGGACGUCAUGGACGGGGAAACUUCGGACAAUUAUGAAUAUUUUCGAACUUUAAUUAUUCGAGGGUUUCUCGAGGCGAGAAAACACGCGGACAGAAUCAUCUUGAUGGUCGAAAUGAUGCUUUCCGCUUCGAAAAUGCCCUGUUUCUCUGGAGGCGCGGAGUACACUUUGGGGGCUUUGAAGGAAAGGUUUUUGCUGGGCCUUGCAGAGGACGCGUGCAUAGAGCGCGUGGUGCAGCUGAUAGACGUGUCUGUGAACAACUUCCGCACGGUGCAACAGCGGCGCUGCAGCAGCAGCAGCAGCAGCAGCAGCAGCAGCAGCAGCAGCGACAGCAGCAGCAGCAGCAGCAGCACCAUGCCUCCAGCAACAGCAGCGGCGCCGGCAGCAGCAGCGGCGCCGGCAGCAGCAGCUGCGCGCGCAGCCCCGGCUGCAGCCGCAGCCGCAGCCGACGCAGCAGCAGCUCCCGCUGCAGCAGCAGCAGCAGACCCAGCAGCAGCAGCAGCAGCAGCAGCAGCAGCAGCAGCAAAACGGCCGCCCCCCGGCUUCGGGCUGGGGCAGCUGACUCGCCACAACAUCGAAGCUCUGAAGACUUUAAAUGAAGCAGCAAUUCCAAUUCCCUACAGCGCAGACUAUUACAACUACGUGGCCGAACACCCGGCCUUUUGCAGGCUGGCGUAUUUGGGGGAUGUGAUGGUGGGGGGAAUUACUUGUAGAGUGGAGUCUGAUGAAGAGGGAAAUAAACAAUUGUACAUAAUGACUUUGGCAGUUCUCAAACCCUACCGCCGCCUGGGGAUUGCAGCAGCAGCUGCAGCAGCAGCAGCUGCAGCAGCAGCAGCUGCAGCAGCAGCAGAAGCAGCAGCAGCAGCAGAAGCAGCAGCAGCAGAAGCAGCGCCUGCAACAACAACCGCAGCAGUUUUUGCAGGGGCAGCAGCAGCAAGGGGGACGGACUUAAGUGCAGCAGCAGCAGCAAAAAGAUACAAAGAUUAUGAAAGAAGAAUAGAGGAAAUACUUGGAGGGGAGCUGCAGCACGAGCCCUUGGAAAGGGUUUUAGCUGCUGCUGCUGCUGCUGCAGCAAGCGUUUGCGGCAGUCCAGCAGCAGCAGCAGCAGCAGCAGCAGCAGCAGCAGCAGCAGCAGCAGCAGCAAAGCCGCGCAGAGCAGGCGAGGUUAAAAUACCUGUUGAUGCAGCUGCAGCUCAGCCAGCAGCAGCAGCAGCACCAGCAGCAGCAGACGCUGCAGCAGCAGCAAAAGACGCUGCAGCAGCAGCAGCAGCAGCAGACGCUGCAGCAGCAAAAAAACAACGCGCAGCAGCAGCAGCUUUUUCUUUUCUUUUGGGGUUUUCAAUUGCUGCUUAUGCAGUUUACUCUUUAGUCAAAUCCUUUCUUUAG